AUGGAGAAGGAAAGCCACGCUCAGAGAAAAAAAAAAAAAAAAAAUGAAGGAGAAGGAAGCGAACAGGGCGGGAGCCCACACGACGCAAGCAAUUCGGAUGGAAACAACCUAGACGAAGGUCUCCCCGAAAAUGAAGCAACAGACAGUCAAGAUGAAAUGAGCGAUCUGGAGGAUCUCCCAGAAUACGAAAGAGAACUGAUCCUCGCGAAGAGACAUGAAGAGCAUAUGAUAAAGGAACAUCGGAGGAUUCUCCUAAAAAAAGUGAAACCCCAGCCACAAGUAGAAAAAACUGAUCAGGACGAUGACGCCAACUAUGUGGUACAAGGGGGGAAAUCAGUUACCACGGUUGCAGGUAGUAAAGCCGCACUGGGCAAGGCGAAAAAGAAAGUUGCCUCCGCCCUGAUGGACAAAGCGAACGUAUCUGGUAGGUCUACCAAAGAGGGUGCAACUGCCGAAAAAAAAAAAAAUAAACAGAGUUCGAAAACGGGAAGGGGAGGUACCACUGCAAGUUCUGCCAUGGAGAGAGACCUACACAGAAAUGAAUCUUGUGACGAAAUCAGAAAAGGGAAGGAUUCUUCUCUGUCUCCGAUACAGGAGAAAGAGGCAACGAAAUGGGGAGAAAACGAAAAGAGUGAUUACCAAGCUGAUAGAGUGAAGAGUGGGACAGAAGGAGACGGCGUGAAGGGAAAAGCCUUAACCAAAGUGUACAGCGAUACGGCAGAUUCCUCCGUGUCAGAUUAUUCUUCUCAUAAAAAGAAGAGCGUAAAGAAAGGGAAAAAGAAAAAGGAAAGAGACCUACACACAAAAGAAGGAGUUAUCAAACAUUUCGAUGUGACCACAUCGGAGGAGAGGAACGACUUAUACUCCAAUGAGAAGGGUGAGAAGAGAGAAGACUGGAACAGGAGAAAGAAGGUUCUGAAGAAGGGGUCCCACUUGUAUGAGAGGAAAAAGGCACCAAGUGAUAAAUCUUCCUUCAGCGAUGAUAGUAGGGACAGUCGAUACAGCCAUUACAGUCGCAGUAGCCUGGGUAGUCGCCGUAUCCGUGUACGUGAGAAGAAGGCGCGGGAAGGCCACACGCAAAGUAGGAGCGACACAAAAGAUCACCAUGAGGGGAAGAAACUCUUUGAAGAUUCGAAAGACGGAAGUGAAGACUACGGAGCAGGGAAGGGAGAACAAUUUGCAAAGGAGACAAUAACACCUGAACGGUUAAUACAAUUGUACAAAGAAGAGAAAAAAAUUAAACUAGAGGUAUAUAAAUAUAUAACCUAUGAAAUUAUCACCUACUUUCAAUUAAAAAAAACAUUCCUCCUGGACAUGAGUGAGCAUGUUAACUUUCCUUACCAUGUAAUUGGUCAUCUGGUUAAGGUUAACGAUGCGAACCUCCUGGUUAAACUUUCCAGUGAAGACAGAAUCAAAAAUGACGCAGUGGGGAGUAGCGGGGUCGGAAGUAAACCCCUUGGGGGUACCGCUGAUGGUGUGAAGAAUGCCCCCACUGAGCAGAGAAGAAAAGCGAAAGAGAUAAAUGCUCCUAAUGAAGAAGUAUCCAACACAACAACUGAUGAACAGGCAAUCCAAAAAAAUAAAAAAAAUAUAUACUUCAUAACGAACGUUAUAAAAAGCGAAAACUACUUCUGUAUUGAUAGACAUACAAAUGUGAAGUUUGAAUUAGCUCAUUUGGAGAACAUUGAAAAUGUAAACUUCUUCUCCCGAAUGAAGAAUCAGAUGGUUAAAAAUAAAAAGAUAUACAUAAAUGAAGUAACAUCGCCUGAUAAUUCUUCUCUCCUCCAGGGUGGAAGUACUUUCCUCUGUGAUCUGAACAACAUAUGUGACCAGAAGUUCUCCGUGGAUGAGUAUAACUGCAUUAAGUUAUUUUCUAUUGAUUUAGAAGUUUUAAAAAAUUUUCAUCAAUUUUUGAGAGAAAAAAUUGAAGACUUAAAAAACUUUCGUUAUACGGAAAGACAAAUUGAGCACUUGGUGGAAAUGAAGAAGAAGCAGAGUUUCCACGAAAUAUUUAGUAAUAAGAAAAGUUUGGAUGCUCUGCCCAUUUCUCGUGUAACUGUCCAGAGAGAAAUUUGCUCCAUUCAACGGGAAAUCGAUACGCUAAAUUACUCCAAGAGGAAAACCAACCCCCGGGACCUGCAUGCCCUUUCACAGCUAGAGCAACAGAUCGACGCCCUCACAAGGAAGAAGGAUAUCCUGAAGGGACAACUGCAGAAGGCGCGAACCAACCUAGCACCUAAUAAAAACACGGAAACCGUACACCACGAGAGAGAUAAAAACAUCUCCAAGGUAAAGCCCCUCAAGAACUACAGGAGCGGUCCCCGCAUGGAGGAACUCCCUCACAAGUUGUUAGGUGUGGAGGAACGCAAAGGCAUCUCCCAACUGGCCAAUUACAUCCACGAGGAAAAAAAAAGUUUUAUCAAUUUUCUCACCGGCAAGUUUGUUGAUCUGCCUCUGCAUGUGCACAACAAAAUUGUCAGCCACUUUUUGCUCGGCUGUCUGCAGAAGGAACAAGAAUAUUUGGACAACCCACCGGAGGACAGCUCGGAUGAUGAAUCGGGGGAGGACUACCAUCUCUUCGGGGUCAACAUCGCUGGUCGUGUUACUCCCUUCGAGGAGCUGAAGCAGAAGAAUUUUAACUGA